AUGACAGGAACUUUCAUAUCUAUUUUGUGCUCAGACAUUGCUACCUAUUACUUCAGUUCAGGAGUUCUACCUUCAAUUUCAUUAUGUGUGUGCUUAACACAUCAGGUAAUUGCCCCAGGAAUUUCACUUAAAACUCAAGAACUCUAUGUCAUCAUCUUUGUCACUCGUUUCUUUGAUCUGUUCGCGAGGUAUGUCUCAUUCUACAACUCUGUAAUAAAGCUAGUCUUUCUUGGAACUUCAAUCGCUAUUGUUUGGUACAUGCGGUACCAUCAAGUUGCGAAGCAAACAUAUAACAAGGAUGAAGAAACCUCUAGACAUUAUUACCUGAUUCUCUCAUGUUUUGUUUUGGCGUUGUUGAUUCCCCAUGAAUUUGACUUCUGAUGAAAACUCACCCUGUUUUGACAAAUUUUGUGUAGUUUCUCUAUCUAUCUUGAAGCUGUGGCAAUCUUGCCCCAACUGGUCUUGCUGCAAAGGUCAAGCAAUAUUGACAACUUAACUGGAAACUAUGUUUUCCUGCUUGGUGCUUACCGAGCUUUAUAUAUCCUCAACUGGGUUUAUCGUUACUUUGCGAAGAACAAAAUCAGAUGGAUACCUAUUUAUGUCAAAAUGUUGAAAACAGCUUGGGUUUCAGAUCUGAUUCAGACUGCCCUCAAUGCUGACUUUUUCUACUACUAUUUUAAAAGCUGGAAGAACCAUGAGAAGCUGAAGCUGCCUGCCUGAGUUGAUCAAGUCUGUUUUGGUUUAAUGUUCUGCAAACAUAAGAAAAAUGGUCUCUCUCAUGGCUGUGUUUUUAGAUGACUGAUAAUUUCCUUAUUUCACUUUAAAUACACUAAAGUUUGGCUUCAAUGCUUGUCCUGUAUUAUUUUAAUAUCAUUACUCCGUCUGUACAACUUCAGCUAUAAUACA